GGGAGACAGCCAAAAACAUCUUUGACAUAGAGAGACUCGGACGGUUGUCUUGUCUUGUUUUUAGUUUGGGCCGGGGUUUUGAUCGCUGAAUGAGACAUUGAGGACCACCGAUAGACUGAAGGGACUGGGAUUUCUUAAGGAGUUGGGGUGAAUUUAAAGGGAGGGAGCCAUGGCCUCCCUCCUGAUGCGUAUCUUUCGGCUGGGUGUGGAGAAAAAGCGAGUUAGGCACUAUGAAAACCUGAAGAGGGAUGUUGAUCCUCACCAGAUGUGGGAGACUCAGGGAGAACUGGGGGAUGGAGCUUUUGGGAAGGUGUAUAAGGCUCAGAAUCAGACUACAGGGGUCCUAGGAGCUGUUAAAGUGAUUGAAGUGCGCAGUGAAGAGCAGCUGGACGACUACAUGACUGAGAUAGACAUCCUAGCAGCCUGUCGCCAUGCAAACAUCCUCUCCUUGCUGGAAGCCAUCUUCUUUGAGAGCUGGCUGUGGAUCCUGAUUGAGUACUGUCCUGGAGGAGCUCUGGAUGAUAUCAUGUUGGAGCUGGAGCGCGGCCUUACGGAGCAGCAAAUCAGUGAGGUGUGCUGUCAGACUCUACAGGCUCUGUCUUAUCUGCACCAGCAUCACAUUAUACACAGAGACCUGAAGGCUGGCAACAUUCUGCUCACAACGGAUGGGCAGGUCAAACUAGCUGACUUUGGUGUGUCUGCAAAAAAUGACAAUACCCUUCAAAAACGAUCAACUUUCAUUGGAACUCCUUACUGGAUGGCACCUGAGGUGAUUAUGUGUGAGACGUCGAAGGACAAUCCCUACUCCUCUAAAGCUGACAUCUGGUCAUUGGGCAUCACUUUAAUUGAGGCUGCUGAGAUGGAGCCCCCUCAUCAUUCUCUCAACCCUAUGAGGGUCCUGCUGAAGAUCACCAAGUCUCCACCACCCACACUCUCCAAUCCUCGCCACUGGUCAUCACAUUUCCAAGAUUUUCUACGGAGGACCUUGCAGAAGAACCCUGAGGCACGUUGGGGUGCCCAACAGCUCAUGGCCCACCCUUUCUCUUAUGCGGGACGAGACGGACGAGCCCUUAAAGAACUCGUCGCUGAGGCCAAAGCAGAGGUCACUGAGGUCAUAGAGGCUGAGUCUUUGUUGGAUUUCCAAUGUUCCGUGAAAGAGACGAUCGCCACCGAGUCAGAGCAAACAGCGGCACAACCAGGACAACCCAUAGAAGAACAAGGACCACAAGAACCUGAGACCCCUCGGAAGACCUCUGUUCCAGAUGCUCAGUCUCCCACCAACUCAGAGCCAAAACCUGAGUUUAAAGUAAGACGCAGGGCUUCCCACGCCACAGAUAAAGCUCAGAAGAGGGCAAGGCGCCUCUCCGUUCCAGGAAAUCUGCUCUCGUUUCUGACCGGGAGCUCCCGUCGUUGCAAAUCUGGAUUCUGGGGAGACAAUCCACCCAUUCAAGCAGCUAAAGACUCAGAAGAUUCAAGCACAGCAAAAACUGUGGGAACUUGCCCUUCAGAUGGCAAUGAAAGUGAAAGCACUGACAAACCGAUUGAGCAAAUAUCUGACUUGGUUGAUGCUCCAAGUAAUGAGGUCACUGACACCAAAGACAAGGAAGCUAGAGUAGAAACUGACAAGGAGGACGCCCAAAACUUAAACCACUCAAGCGAACCAGAACAAACACCAAUACUGACAGAUUCCUCUGAAAAGGAAACACUAGAACUUGCCAAGGAGGACACUGACGCUGAUGAAGAAACAAACGGCAAUGUGAAGUCUGUUGAUUCUGGAAACGAUGACCAAACAUUUUGGAAAUCCCUCAGAAAACCUGCUGUCAUCGACAAAGACACAACACAUCCACAGAGCACACUGGUUUCAGCUUUGUGUUUGGAAACACCACCAGCCAAAAAAACUGAAAGGAAUGAGGGAAAUUAUAAAUACAUGUACCUUGAUUUGGCCUGUCCUUUGGAAACUUUCAAUUCUCCUCUCACAGUAGAUAUAAACAAAAGCUUAACUGUUGAGAUGCCUUCUAAUAAUGUUCCUGAAGAAGUUCCUGACCUUAAGGAAGCACAACAGACAACUGAACCAUCAGAAAAUGACGCUGUAGAAGAAAAAACUGAGGCAGAAAUAGAAAAACCAGCAGAACUGGAGACAGAUGGAGGAACAGGGGAUGAAACGAAAGAGGAAAGCUGUGAAAACGACAAGGAUGUUAGUGGAGGGACAGAAGAACAUAUAACCACCACCAGAGAAGAUCGCAUUACCAUGAAGGAAGAGUUUGAGGAUAUCAAAGAAGCUGUCAACGAAGAACAUAUUACCACUGAGGAAGAUGUCAACUCAAGAAAUGAAAAAACAGAGGAAGAGGAAAGCUGUGAAAAAGACAAGGAUCUCCUUCCAGAAACAGAGGAAGAGGAACGUUCAACCAGCAAGGAAGAAGUUGCCAUGCAGGUUGAUCAUGAGGAUGUAGACUCAAGAAACAAAAACGAUGAGAACAUGAGAGAACCUGAGGAGAUGGAAACACCAACCCAAAAUGAGACGACAAAGAUCAUUGAUUUACAGACGCCAGAGUUGCCGUGUCAAAAUAAAGAAGUGAUCAAUUCUGAUGGAGAAAAGAACAUCAUUGGUAACGAAGGAGAUGCUGUUGGAGAUCAAGAGAGAGCAAGUCUAACAGAAAUCUGUUCUACGCAAAAAGAAGAUAGGACGGAUUCAGAGGAACCUCAGCAAGAGCUUGAAAUGGAUACAAAUAGUACAAAGAAUGUUACAGGAGAGCAAUCAAAACAUCUUUCUGAAGAUACAACAGAUGUUCCUGGAGCAAAGUUGAAAAAGCAAGUGAUGUUUACUUUUCAAGAGGACCAAAACGAGCAAGAAAUGCCACAUGCAAAUGGCUUGAAAGAUUCAGACUUACCACAUCCACAUGAAUCUAAUGGAUCCACACCUAAGGAAUCAAACGAAGACGCAUUUCCACCUCUUUCUCCUACCGAGUCUCUGCUGUCUCCUGGGCUUGAAGGGGAAACGCACCCAAGCAGGCGAACCGUUAAAAGGACACGUAAAUUUAUGGUGGAUGGUCAUGAGGUCAGUGUCACCACUUCCAAAGUGCUUGGUGAAGGAGACAGCAAGGAACAACAAAUGCGCCACAACAGACGACAGGAGCUGCACGCCUUGAAGCUCUUGCAGAGAGAAGAGCAGAGAGAACAUGCGCAGCUGGAGCAGAAACUACAGCAGCAGCGAGAGCAGAUGUUCCGCCACAUAGAACAAGAGAUGACUAGCAAGAAGCAGUACUAUGAUGGUGAGCUGGAGAGACUUGAGAAACAGUACCAGCAGCAAAGCGGUCAGAUGGAGGCUGAGCACACCUCCCGGCUCAGGGAGGACGCACGGAGACUCAAGGCCCAGCAGGAGAAAGAGCUGAGCCGCAAGAGCAGCGCACUGAAAGCAGACCCUAAAGAGGAGCAGCGGUUCCUGCAGAAGCAGCAGCAGGAGCUGAAUGAUGCUCUUCAGAAAGGCGUUCAGGAACAUAAGAGGAAGGUGGCGUCCAUGGAGUGGGAGAUCACAGCCAAAUCUCAGCAGCUCAAGCGUGCUCGUGAGGCAGUAAUUUGGGAGUUAGAACAGCGCCAUCUACAGGAGAAGUACCAUCUAUUCAAACAGCAGGUGAAGGAGCAGUACUCCCUACAGAGACAGCAGCUGACCAAGAGACACAACAAGGAUAAGGAGAGAGCGUCUCGGUUCCAGCAGGCUUUUCUAGAAGAGCAGAAGUCGUUGCAGGCCCAGGAGAGAGCGUCCUUACAUAAGGCCCAAAAAGCUGAAGCAAAGUCCCGUUUGAAUCCGUUCAAAAUGGAGCUCAGGAAGCAAGGUCUGAGCGGCCCUGAGCAGCGGCAACGUCUCACACAGUUUUUGUCAGAAGAGGAAGCCAGACAGAAGCAAGAGAGACAGAGUCUUCAAGAAAGUCACGAGAACCAGUUAAAAGCGGUGCAGGAACAAUGUGAUGCCAGUACAGCUGAAUUACAGCAGCUUCAGAAUGAGAAGCUUCAAGUUCUUGUGGACAUGGAGAAGAAAAAGAUCAAAGCUCUAGAGGACGAGCACACUCUGGAGCUCAACGAAUGGAGAGAUAAGCUUGCAUGCAGAAAAGAGGUGUUAGAGGAGGAUCUGGCACGCAGACGUAGAGAAAAAGAAGGAACCAGGAGACGAGGCAGUGAGCCGGAAAACCGACAUGCAGCUCGCCGUCCAAAGUUCUUCCAUAACCUAAGCUUCUCCUGACAAAGUGAAGGAAUACACUAAACCCUAAUGCCUUUAUAUACAGUAUGUACAGUUCAAAAGUUUGGUGUCAGUAAGAUUUUUUUCUUAAAAGAAAUGAAUACUUUUAUUAGCAAGGAUGCAUUAAUUUGAUCAAAAGUGACAGUAAAAAGAAAUAAUAUUACAAAAGAGUUCUAUUUCAAAUAAAUGCUGUUCUUUUAAACUGUCUAUUCAUCAAAGAACUCUGAAAAAAAGUAUCACAUUUUCCACUAAAAUAUUAAGCAGCACAACUAUUUUUUAACAUUGAUUAUAAUAAUAAAUGUUUCUUGAGCUAAAAUCAUCAUAUUAGAAUGAUUUCUGAAGGAUCAUGUGACACUGAAGACUGGAGUAAUGAUGCUGAAAAUUCCGCUUUGACUUCACCGGAAUAAAUUACAUAUUAAAAUGUAUUAAAAUCGUGAUGUACAUCAGAGUAAUGGAUUAUCAAAAAAGAAAAAAAUGGAGGGCAGGAUUUGGUUCUAUAUAUCGGUUGUUGAUUGGAUGGAGGCAGAUCUGAAUGCGAGCUUGCAGUGAUUAAACAAAAGGGUUUAAGCAGACUAAAUGAUUGGAGAAGUCUGGCAUACAUCACCAAUGAGAAGCAUGUUGUUUCACUUGAAGAUUGAUUUAUGACAUUUUGAUUAAGAAUUACAAGGUCAUUU